AUGAUAAUUUUGAUGUCUAUCUUUAUGGUCAUUAUGGGUCUUGCGACGUUUCUUCAUGAUGUGGAAUCACUAUGUCAGGACUGGUAUCUCGAUGAAACGCUGAGCCACAUGUCAAAGGAAUGUAAAAAGGACCUUGAAAGUCAAUUUUUGAAAGAGUGCGCGAAGAUUGGUGGCGUGUUCAAAAAGUACGAGGUUUGCAGAAUUCAAUGUCUGGUAACAAAUGGAAAAUUUGUAAGCAACAAGUACGUAAUGUUGAAGAAUGACCUACCUUGCGGACCAUAUGGAGAGAAAUGCAGCUAUGGAGUAUGCUAUGGUCGAUGCGACGUGCAGUUCUUCGAUCAAGUAAAACCAAGAAGCGAUGAAGAUAUUAAUAAAAAUAAAACAGAUUUAUUUUGA